CGAGGCACCAAAGAGUUUAUGCGUGGGGCAUAUUACUUCGUGAUAGUGGGUCAAGAAGAUAUACCUCUCUUCGAAAUCACUCAAGGCCAAACACAAAAAAACGCAGAUCCAAAGAAUGACAUCAGAUACCUCUACCAGUUUGUUGCCCAUUCGGCAUUGGAUAUGGUGGACGAAAAAAUGUGGCUAUCAUCAUCGACUUAUCUUAAGAUCGUUGACAGGUUCAAUGAAUGGCUCAUCUCCGCCUUCGUCGCUCCAUCAGAUAUCCUUUUUAAACUACACUUAGCUCACUGUUGUCUCGACAAAGUAAGGCAAUUCUUCCAGGACGUAUAUGAGGCCUACGUGCGGCUAUCACUUAACCCGUUCUACGAAAGCAAUGAAAGAAUUACCUCCGAAGCAUUCCUCAGAAAAGUUCAACAGAUUUCGAGGAAACAUUUUGGAUAA